CUCUCUCUCUCUGGCGCUUCACAGUGCUUCUCCGACUGCUUCCGGCGAAGAAGAUGGACCGGCCACCGCCACUCCGCCCUCGCCCUCCCAGCCGCAGCGGCGGGCGCGGCGGCGGGCCCCCGCCUCCCCUGCAGCAACACCAGAAUCCUUACCGUCCUCAUGCCGGAGCCUGGGCUUCUCCGACUCUUCUCGUGAGACCACAAGAACAUCAUCACCAUCAUCCGCACCAGCAUCAGCAACAUUCCGGUCCGAGCAACGUAGAGCGGCUGGAGAGGAUCGACCGGGCCGUCGCGAAGGCUCGGCGCGAUCUCCUCGCCGCCGGAGAGAGCGUCUCGUCCUGGAAGGUCUCGCAGGCCGCGGUCUUGGCUCUGCAGGUCGAUUCGUGGAGCUCCUUAGGGUUCAGCAUGCAGCAAGUGCCCUCUCUUAAGAGCUUAAUGGCUGUUGAAGGAAAGAUAAAUGCAUUUAUCCAUUGCUUUGUGGAAACCCGGAAAAUCACCUCAUUGUAUGACAUGCAAAGAGCAAUCUGCAAAAAUGAGGGCAUUGAACGAUUUGAAGAGCUUGAAUUGGGCCCUUUUUUGCGAUAUCCGCUUGUUAUGUAUUACUUUUCAGUGAACAGCGAUGUGACUGAAGUGUUCGAGAUAACUAGUGAGGAGAUUGUGUAUUACCUUGGUGAGUUCUUAUUUAAACGCAAGAGUGGGAAACGCAAGAGUAGAAAACCCGUUGAGAUUGGGGACCUUCUCAGUUUUAUAGCAAAAGAGAAAUCAGUCUCAGGAGCUGAAAAGCUUGGAGUACGAAUUCGGAACUUGGGGCUUCAUAUAUCCUUUAUCUUAGAUGCAAAGAGAUCGGAAGCAACAUGCUCGAGGACAUUUUUGAAGGAAGAUUCUAUUGGCAAGGACUUAAAUUUCGUUUCUUCAAGUUCAGAUGAUGAAGAUGGUGAUGACUUAAAUGAAGAUAAAAAGCGCGAUGAUGAUAGUUAUCAAGACAAAAAAUCAGGCCAAAACAUGCUUGUUGAUGCAUUUGUAAGUUCGCAGAUUAUUGAGAGCGAAAAUCUCACUUACGCAGAAUGGCUUAAAAGAGACAUGGAAGAGCGGGACAAGAUUCUGAUGGAUAGAGCCAAUUACACAAAAAAGGGUAGAAAAAAGAAAGGUGCUACACUGGUUCUGGAGACUAGUACUAUGAGAAUCUUCAUGAAAAAAUGGAAGGAAGCGUGUCGAGCAUGUUCUCUUCCUGUGGUCAUCGAGGAAAUGCUAAACAAGUACGUGCUUCACCAGAAAAAGCGACGCAAGAUGGGCACCAUGCUUCCAGCAUAUCCCUUGAUUGGGUUGUUGAAUGUCGCUGUAACUUGUAUCAAAUGUGGAAUGUUGGAGGAUGAAUAUGAUGCUAUUGGCAAACAAAUGUUGAAUGGAAUCAAUCUGCCAACCCCCCUGCCUGUAAGCAAAGAUACACAACCAAGUUUAGAGAAUGCAUCCGACAAGGCCAGGCACAGUGAAGAUACAAAAAGUGUCACUGUUGAAGACAUUGCCAGAGAAAUUGGUGCUUAUUUUCAGCUUGAUCAGGAAAAAACGAGCAACAACAAAUCAGUUCUGGAGAUGAGAGUUAAUUUGUUGAGAAAGCUUGUUGACUGUGACUCUUGGCUGGCAAAGCAAUUUUUUGUUCAUGAAUUUGAGUCACUUGGUCAUGGAGAGUUUUUUAGUUUCUUGACAGAACACAUAUCUCUUAUGCCUACUGGGCUGAAACGGUUAUUGAAUGGUGACAUAUAUGAGAAGUCCCACUUUGAGGUUUGCAUGCUGCAGCAUCAGUUGAUGGUACUAAUAUCACAAGCAUUGAAUAGCUUGUGGGACAGUGAAGUAGUGACCAAACAGAUGAUUUCGACAUUGCUUUUGAAGCAAUUUCCUAAUCUCAGUUUCAAAAUGGAAGUUGGUUCAGUGGAGGAUUAUCUAAAUAUUGUUGGGGAGUAUAGAGGUAUCGCAAUGUCAAAGUGUGUCCUUUUCUCUCAGACACUGAUGGGUGCCCAUGGUCAAGCUAUGCCGGCACUUGAUGAUGAUUAUGCGGUUGAACUUGAAACCAUUGGUAGAGGAACUGAUGUCUCACAGAAAAUAGGAAAAUUGGAAUCAGUCUCAUCUCAGGAUGCAAUUGAAGUCUUACUAAGGGCGCCAAUGCUGUCAGAUUUAAGUUGUUGGUCACAUUGGGACAUUAAGUUUGCUCCAUGUCUUGGCCCUCUUAUAGGAUGGUUGUUGAAUGAAGUUAAUAGAACAGACUUGUUGUGUUUACUGACAAAAGAUGGUAAUCUGAUCCGGAUUGAUAGUUCAGCUAGCGUGGAUUCAUUUCUGCAAUCUGUCCUUCAACUAUCACCUUUUGAAACAGCGGUUCAGUUGCUCUCUUUGUUCUCAAUUCUUGGGGGACAAAAACAUGCUCCUCUGUCUCUUUUAAAAUGCCAUGCACGUCGUGCAUUUGAAGUCAUUUUGAAUGAUCGUCUGGAACAUAAGGAAGUGACCAAUAGUUGGAAUUUUCAGAUGAAAGAAAAAGCAGCUGGUAUGUCAAAGCUGUUGGAUGAAGUUUGUGCUAGUAGAUCAUUCACGAAUUCCACUGGCACAUUUAAUGAAAUGCUUGUUGCUUCAAGAUAUUUUCUUGAAUGCCUCGGUUAUUUUCCUUCAGAGUUUCGUACUUUUGCUGCUGAUGUGUUACUAUCUGGUUUGCAAUCUGUCAUUAAACACGUACCUUCAAUUAUAUUGUCAGAAUGUAAACUUCUGGAGGAACGAGUCAUGCUUCAUGAAGUGGGACUCUGUCUUGGUGUUGUAGAGUGGAUUGAGGACUACCAUGUUUUCUGCUCCUCUACUGUUGGUGAGAUGUGUAAGCCCUGUGAAGCUCCAUCAUUCAAAGCUGACACUUCUAAGUCAAGCACAGGCUUACUGUCUGCUAUUUACAAUCCACAAAAAUCAUCUCCUGCAGAAGAAGACAAGAUUGUGCUCUCUCUUGUUUCUAAGGGUCAGAGUAACAUAUGUAAUGAAAUUUGUCACAGUUCUGAUAGUCCAGAAGUCUGCAUAGAUAAGAGUCUGGCACAAAAUGAAUCUGUUGAAUACAAGGAUGCUUACUUAAUCAUUGAAUCUAUCAGGCGAGAAGAAUUUGGUCUUGAUCCUAGUCUUUCUAGUACAGAAAGUAGCUUGUUGAAAAAGCAACAUGCCCGUCUGGGGAGAGCACUUCAUUGUCUUUCACAGGAGUUAUACUCUCAGGAUUCUCAUUUUCUUCUUGAAUUAGUUCAAAAUGCUGAUGAUAAUACAUAUUUAGAAAAUGUUGAGCCAGCUCUUGUAUUCGUUCUUCAGGAGACAGGCAUCAUUAUCCUGAAUAAUGAACGGGGCUUUUCUGCUCAAGACAUUAGAGCAUUAUGUGAUGUAGGCAAUUCUACAAAAAAAGGAAGUGCUGGAUAUAUAGGGAAGAAAGGCAUUGGAUUCAAAUCAGUAUUCCGUGUUACUGAUGCACCAGAGAUUCAUUCCAAUGGGUUCCAUGUAAAGUUUGACAUAAGUGAGGGACAAAUUGGUUUUGUUUUGCCAACUGUUAUACCCCCUCUUGAUCAUAAUGUGCUAAGCAAGUUGACAUCCGCUAAUUCUGUUCAGUUUGAUACUGGCUGCUGGAAAACUUGCAUUGUUCUUCCCUUCAAAUCAGAUUUGUUAGAAGGAACUGGAAGGAAUAAUGUCAUAUCCAUGUUUUCAGAUAUUCAUCCAGCCUUGCUACUGUUUCUUCAUCGUCUGCGGUGUAUUGCAUUCAGAAAUAUGCACAAUGAUUCACUAAUUGUCAUGAGAAAGGAAACUUCUGGUAAUGGCAUCAUUAGGGUUUCAUAUGGUACGGAGGAAAUGAAUUGGUUUGUUGCAUGCAAGAAGUUACAUGGGAAUAUUGGUCGUUGCAAUAUCCAAACAACAGAGAUCGCCUUGGCAUUUGGACUUAAAGAAUCAACAGCUGGAAAUUAUAUCCCGUGUCUUGAUAUGCAACCUGUUUUUGCAUUUCUUCCUCUAAGAACUUAUGGUCUGAAAUUUAUACUGCAAGGUGAUUUUGUUCUUCCCUCAUCUAGAGAAGAAGUUGAUGGGAAUAACCCUUGGAACCAAUGGUUGUUGUCGGAGUUUCCUGAUUUGUUUGUGAAUGCGGAGGGAUCUUUCUGUUCUCUUCCUUGUUUCAGGGACAACCUAGGAAAAGCUGUGACAGCUUACAUGAGCUAUGUUCCAUUGGUCAGUGAAGUCCAUGGAUUUUUUUCGACUCUUCCCCGAAUGAUCAUCUCUCAGUUACGCCACUCAAACUGUCUACUUCUGGAAGGAGAUGAUGCCACGUGGGUGCCCCCUUGCAAGGUUGUCCGAGGUUGGAAUGAAGAGGCUCGAGUUCUUUUACCUGAUCAUUUGCUUCAAGAGCAUCUUGGCCUGGGAUUUCUAAAGAAAGACAUAAGUCUAUCUGAUCCUUUGGCAAGGACAUUGGGGGUCGAGGAGUAUGGCCCAAAACUUCUACUUCAGAUUAUAUCAUCUUUAUGCAAGAAAAAGGAUAGCCUUCCAUCAAUGGGUUUGUCUUGGUUGUCUGUGUGGCUGAAUGCAAUUUAUGAAAUGUAUGUGCAUUCAGUGCAAGCAUCACGAGACCUUGGAAUGGGCACAGAUAUUGUAGAAACCCUCCGUAAGCUUCCUUUUAUUCCUCUCUCUGAUGGUACAUUCAGCUCGGUUGAUGAAGGUACGAUCUGGCUGCACUUUGAUGUAUCUGGGAAUGAUGGUGAGCAUGGAAUGGAUGCUUUCCCAAUGUUAUAUGCAAAACUUCGCAUUGUAAACCCUGCCUUCGUAACUGCAUUGGAUGCUGAUAUCUAUCAUGUAGACAUGUCUUCAAAGGACAACAUCAUCAGGAUGCUCCAUAUUGCGGGUGUGCAACGUCUAUCUACACAUGAAAUAAUGAAGAUGCACAUCUUGCCUUCUAUAUGUGAUGACAAAAGUGCAAGUUGGAACAAGAAUCUGAUGACAGAAUUUCUCUGCUUUGUGUUUAUCCAUCUACAAUCUAGCUGCCCUAGUUGCCAUGUUGAAAGAGAUUUUCUGAUAUCAGAGUUGAGAAACAGAGGUUUCAUUCUAACAAAUCAGGGCAACAAAAGGCCGAUUGAGGUACCGAUCCAUUAUGGUAAAGGAUUUGGAAGCUCUUUUGACCUCUGUAAAUUGUUCAACAACAUUCAAAUGGAAUGGCAUGAGGUAGACACCAUCUACUUGAAGCAUUCUUCAACUAAAUCUGUCGUCAAUGGAAAGAAAAAGUGGAAGAGAUUUCUUGAAGAAAUAGGCAUCACAGAGUUUGUGCAAGUAGUUAAAGUUGAUCGGAGAAUGGUUGAUAUGCCGGAUACAUGGUUUGGGAAGGCAGGAGUGGAAAGAGACCAUGUCUCCUCAGGAUCUGUAGCUGAAGAUUGGGAAUCCACUGAGUUGGAUUAUUUAUUGUCCUUGCUGUCAGCAAGUGGAAAUCGUGGUGGUUGUAAAUUUCUCUUAGAGGUUUUCGAUAAAUUGUGGGAUGAUUGCUUUAGCAACAAAAUCAUAGGUUACUUUAACGAUAAGUACAAUGGGAAUAGGACACCCUUUAAAUCUUCAUUCCUAAACAGCAUCUGUGGUGUUCCAUGGUUUGUUUCAUGCAUGGAUGACAAACUUCACUAUCCUAAGGACUUAUUCUAUGACUGUGAUGCUGUGCACUCUAUUUUGGGUUCUUUUGCUCCCUAUGCUGUUCCAAAGGCGAGAAGUGUGGCUCUUUUACAUGAUAUUGGGUUUAAGACCAGAGUUACCGUUGAAGAUGUUGUGGAAAUACUGAGAGUCUGGAGAAGAUCAGAGACCUCUUCUAAGUUUAGUGUUGCACAAAUGUCAAAAGUAUACACUUUCCUAUGGAAAGAAGUUGAUACUUCAAAAAAGAAUAUUGUUGAAGAUCUCAUCUCUGAGCCAUUUAUAUUCUUUCCUUCUUUAUGUGCCUCUGGGGCCAAGGAAGUUGUGUUGGGCUCAUUUUUGUUGCCAAAAGAAGUUUGUUGGAACGAUUCAAUUGAGUUCUUGAACGAAAUGGAAGAAAAUGAUUCCGAGUCUGGUGCAGUUGGAGCAAAGCAUAGCCUGUUGAGCAGGACAUUGUGCAAUAUAUAUCCAGGCUUGCGGGAUUUUUUUGUCAAUAUAUGUGGGGUUGACGAGAUUCCUUCUUUCCAAGAUCAUUUUCAGAAUCUGCUCCAUCUAUCAACUACCGUUUUGCCUUCACAAGCAGCAAAAUAUGUUUUCAAGGUUUUCUUGAAGUUGGUAGAUGAACUGAAAUGUGGAAAGGUUAGUUCUGAAGAUACUUUACAAGUUAGUGGAUAUCUUAAAAAAUCAGAAUAUACCGUGCUUCCCACAUUUCGUAAUAGAUGGGUUUCUCUGCACCCUUCCUUUGGACUUGUGUGCUGGUGUGAUGAUGAGAAGCUAAUGAAAGAAUUCGGGAUUUUGGAUAAAAUUGAACUUCUGCAUUUUGGGGAGCUCGUUGAUGAUGAAAAGGAGAUGAUUUAUGUCAAAUUGCCUCUUCUCAUGCAUACUCUGGGGAUUCCUGCAUUUUCUGAGGUUGUAACUCGUGAAGCCAUAUAUUACGGUCCAAUGGAUUCUAGCUCCAAGGCUUCUUUUGUAAACUGGGUUCUUCCUUAUGCUCAGCGUUAUAUUUACUAUGAACAUCCCGACACAUAUGCCAAACUGAAACAGUCUGGAUUUUAUAAUCUGAGUCAUUUGCGUGUUUUCGUUGUGGAGAGAUUAUACUAUAAGAAUAUCAUAAGGGAUUUGAACAUUGCUUCUUUAAAGCGAUUGGAGACCACAUCGGUUCUUGAGGGCAAUACUUUAUACGUCACUCCAGAGUCUGAUUCCCAUGCCUUGUUCAUGGAGAUUUCUCGUCUAUUCUUUGAUGGUACUCCGAACAUUCACUUGGCAAAUUUUCUUCACAUGAUCACGACAAUGGCAGAGUCAGGUUCUCAAGAGGAGCAGGUAGAGUCUUUCAUCGUGAAAAGCCAGAAGGUGCCAAACCUACCGGGUGAUGAACCCGUGUGGGCCAUUUCCUCAGGAUCUUUGUGUGAGGAUGAUGGAUCACUAGAGAACAGCAGCUUUUCAGCAACAAGAGAAGUGCCAAAAUUCUUUAAGGCCAAGAGAAGGGCAGGAGUUACCUCGACUUGGCCUCCUUCGGACUGGAAAAGUGCACCAGGGUCAGCUUCUUCUCCUUAUAGCCAAGUUGAAACACAGGCAGUAACUGAAACUGCUAGUACUUGCUCGCAAGUGAAACAGGAGGAUAGUCAUGAAUUAAUUGGAGAAAGUGGUGGUGGCUAUGAGGUGAUUGUUGAUUUUACCACUGAGGAUGUAGCGGCAGUUUCUCCAAUCGAACUUGCAGUUUCUGAUAGAGCAACUGAUUUCAGCAAUUUGGAUUCUUGUGCAGAUGUCUCAGCUAAUCAAAUUGACACGACUCCAGUGUCUGAUCUACCUGACUUGGAUCCACCUCAGUUGAUUGGGAAAACAAUUCUCAAUAUCGGCAUGCCUGAUCCAGAACAAGCAAUGUUAGUGGGAAAACUAGGAGAACGUGUUGCUUUUAAACAUCUUGCCAAGAAAUUCAGUCGGAGUUCUGUUAAGUGGGUCAAUGAAGAUAGUGAAACUGGUCUACCCUAUGACAUCACCAUAGAGGAUGGAGAAGGACUUCAAUACGUAGAAGUCAAAACAACUCAAUCAGAGGAGAAAGAUUGGUUCUCCCUGUCAACGAAUGAGUGGCAAUUUGCAGAUCAGAAAGGUCGAAAUUUCAGCAUAGCACAUGUCAUUUUGCUAGGCCAUGGCAGAAACAAAAUCAAAAUAUUUUCAAAUCCAGCUGAACUCUGUCGCUCUGGGAAGUUGCAAUUGGCCAUUGUGAUGCCCAGCUAGCCAAUAUGCACUUAGUGGCUCUGCUUGUGUCAAGCCUCCAUUCCUUGAUUAGGCAGUGUAUGUAGUGACACCGAACAACCGGUAGAGCCGAUGAGUAUCUUACUUAGAUACAGAGAAGUUUGGUUUUAAUCUUUCAUGGUUGGUGAUGGAAGGAGAUGCAAGUGACGUGAAGAGGUCAUUCUUCUGUGACUUCUGAAGAUGGUUAAGCUUUGUACAACUAGCCUUUAGAAUGAGCUGCACAGUCUCUUAAGCAUGAUUGCGCAACUUGUGCCAUGUAGUUAUUUAGAUGGACUUAUAUUAAUCAUCACAUUUUUUGUUAAUCUCUUUAGUUGUGGUUUUCGAUAGUUAAUGGCAGUCUUAAUUUCCUAA